AUGGGCGGCGUCAGCCUGACUCUCUCGCGCGCUAAGACAGCGUUCUUCUCGACCGCCAUCCAGCGGGUGGGCAAGACAGCCUGCAUCCGCUGCGCUGAUGCGGAAAAGUACACCGACCUCGCGUCCUUGGACCAGCCAGGCGUCAAAGUCGCCGUCAACCCUGGUGGAACCAACGAGGCCUUCGACCGCGCGAACCUCAAGUCUGCGACUAUCGUUUUGGUGGAGGAUAACAAUGCCGUUUACCAGGCUGUUCUGGAUGGCACGGCUGAUGCCAUGAUAUCUGAUCUCAUCGAGGUCGAGCUGCAGGUGAAGCUACACGAGGGCCAGCUUUGCAUCGCUAACCCGGAUGAACCGUUCAAUUUUGAGGAGUUGGGAUACGCUGUUCCUAGGGACAUUGUCUGGAAGCAAUUCGUUGAUACUUGGGUUCAUAUGCAGCUUGGGGGUGGGUCUUGGAACCAGACGCUAGAGAAGUGGUUGAACUACAAGUGGCCGAGUGUGUAG